AUGAGGCAGACUCUGGCACGUCUACGAAGGCCAUCCCUAUAUGUACUUGGAGCAGGAGUCGCGACCUAUACAUUCACCAAAUUGCAAACAGCAUCCCCUCCACUUUCCGCAGAGCAAGACACGAUCCGCUCAACACUACAAUGGAUCCCACCGUCUAGGAAGGACAUGUUGACCGCUUUAAGGAAUGCGGAACCAGUGCCAACGGGUGCUAGUAAUCCACACAUCUUUGAUUUGUUGAUUAUUGGAGGAGGAGCAACGGGGUCUGGAUGUGCUGUCGAUGCUGCUACUAGAGGAUUGAAGGUCGCUAUGAUUGAACGCGAUGAUUUUGCUUGUGGAACAUCGUCACGAUCAACGAAACUGGUACAUGGUGGUGUCCGAUAUCUAGAAAAAGCCUUCUGGGAUCGCGAUAUGGAACAAUUGAAACUAGUCAUUGAAGCACUGCAUGAGCGAUCUGUAUUUCUCAAGAUUGCGCCUCAUUUAUCCGCUCAAAUACCCAUCAUGCUGCCUAUAUACAAGUAUUGGCAAGUUCCCUACUAUUGGGCUGGGUGUAUUGCCUAUGACAUGCUAGCUGGUCGUGAAAAGUUGUCGCGAAGUUACUUUUUGGGUAAACGCAAAGCUCUAGAAGAGUUUCCCAUGCUAAAGAAUGAGAAUCUUGUUGGUGCUCUUGUCUAUUAUGAUGGACAACAUAAUGAUGCUAGAAUGAAUGUGGCAUUGACAAUGACGGCUGUAGCUGCUGGAGCAACUGUAGCCAAUCACGUAGAGGUCGUCGAGCUGCUCAAGAGACCACGUCAGGAACAAAAGGAAGGAUAUGGUCCAACAGAGCUAUAUGGAGCAGUGUUGAAAGACACUCUUACUGGUGACUCGUGGACUGUCCUGACAAAGGGUGUCAUAAACGCUACAGGACCAUUUAUUGACAAGAUACGUCAAAUGGAUGAUCCUUCGGUUGCAGAAAUAGUAUCACCAUCAGCAGGUGUCCACGUCAUUCUGCCCAACUAUUAUUCACCACGACAUAUGGGUCUUGUAGAUCCAGCCACGUCAGAUGGUCGAGUCAUCUUCUUUCUCCCAUGGGAGAAUCAAACUAUAGCUGGUACUACCGAUUCCCCUUGUGUAUUGACACCCAAUCCUUAUCCAUCCGAGCAGGACAUCGCAUGGAUAUUACAUGAAAUCGAAAACUAUCUAUCACCAGAGAUAAAAGUGCGACGUGGUGACGUGUUGGCUGCUUGGAGUGGUAUUAGACCUUUAAUUAGAGAUCCACAUGCUAAAAACACUGCUGGCCUGGUUCGUAGUCAUCUAGUAACCGUCUCACCAACAGGAUUGCUGACAAUAGCUGGUGGUAAAUGGACUACAUAUCGUGCCAUGGCGCAAGAAGCUAUUGAUAUGGCUAUAACCGUAUGUGAUUUAAAACCUACUGGACCAUGUAUCACUGAAAGACAUCAAUUGAUUGGAUCUCAUGCGUGGAAUCCAUCCAUGUAUGUCAAUCUGAUUCAAAACUUUGGGCUGGAAACUGAAGUUGCACAACAUUUAUGUGCUUCGUAUGGUGAUCGAGCUGCUGCUGUAGCUUCCCUGGCUAGUUUAACUGGUAAACGAUUCCCUAUAUUUGGAAAUCGAAUUAGUCAACUUUAUCCAUAUAUCGAAGCUGAGGUACGAUAUGCAGUACGAAGAGAAUAUGCCUGUACAGCUGUAGAUGUACUCGCACGUAGAACCCGCCUGGCCUUUUUGAAUGCUGCUGCUGCAUACGAAGCUCUAGAUGGUGUAAUAGAUAUCAUGGCUGAAGAACUUGCAUGGACGGACAAGCAACGAGCCCAAGAACGAGAAGAUACAAUCUCUUACCUGUAUACUAUGGGUCUGCCACCUUCAUACGUAUCACCGAAUGGCGCCGAGGAAGGAGACGAAGACAUAUACAACACAUCUCGAUUCCGCCCUGAAGAGUUGUUACGAUACCGUGCCGAGUUUGAGCGACUUGAUACCGAUAAUGAUGGCCAUAUAACUACAGAGGAUCUUGGAAGGAUACUGACUGGACUAGGCUUAAAGAUGUCACAGUCUCAAUUGGAGAACGUUAUUAACGAGGUGGAUUUGAAUAAGAAUCGUAGUAUUGAAUUCAAUGAGUUCCUUGAGGUAUUGUCAGCAGUAAAAGACGUCAAGAGCAAAUCCAAGUUUGCCAGAAUAAUAGCUGAUUUUGAGGACCGUGAAAGGAUUACGGAGCUUCGAUCAGGCGGAGGUGUUUAG